AUGACGACGCCGCUUCCUCUAGCCGCCAUGCAGGACGAGAUGCUUAAUGCUGUGCUGGCAUUCCUGUCUCUAGAUGAGGUCAUCUCCCUGGCAUGCGCAUCAAAGACACUUCGCGCGGGACUACAUGCCGCGUCCAUCGACUUCUGGAGGCACCUCGACUUGGCUAACGCCACCUCGUCCUCGCUACGACAGUUGGUCCCGUUUGCCAAACACAUUCAAACCUUGACAUGCAUGAAGUCCACUGCAUCGGAAGAAGUAUGGAUCCACUUUGCUUGUCACACACAACUCCUCCAAGUUCUAAACGUUGCAGGCAGCAAGCACUUCACAGACGUAGCGUUGGUGUCAUUUGUUGACUCGAAUGCCGAUUCACUUGUCCAAGUCCACGCCGACAACUGCGCGUAUAUUGCCACUACCUUGUCCUUAGCCAAAUGUGCACCGCGGCUUCGAGUAUUGUCGUUCAAUCGUUGCCGACAAUUGACCACCAAUGACAUGAUUGGUUUGGUCGUCAACGCCCCCCAGCUCACUGUGCUAAACCUCAAGGGAUGCCCCCACAUCAACCCUGUAGCUGUACUCACCAGUGUCGCAUCCAACUGUCCCCAGCUGCACACCCUCACGUUAGGCGGCAGUGGUCGCUUUGCAAAAGACACCGACUUGCAUCUCGCGUCGGCGUUCAACUCCUUCACCACGUCCUUGGCCCUGGAGUGCUUGGACCUGUCCUGCAGCAAUCCGUUUGGGUCCCGCUCCCCUUUGUCCAACGAUGGGCUCGUGCCAGUGCUGCGGUCGUCCCCGAGUCUCAAAGCACUGUAUCUGAAAGGCCACUCGAACCUCACUCGCGACGUGCUUGACGCGAUGCCGAGGGGCUUGACGACGCUGGACCUCACAGGGUGCACGCAAUUGGCAUCGGACCUGAAUGCGUUGGCCGACUUGAAGUCGUUGGAGCAACUGGUCAUGCUCUGGUGUCCCAACGUGGACGUGGCUGCAGUCCAGCUGCUGCAAGACACCAACGCCAACUUGACCAAAGUCGACGUCGAAGCGACUGUUGUUGCCGAAUCCACCACCCAGCUCGUCGGUGUGCACUAG